UGUGUGCAUUUUGAGUUGCCUAGAUGAGGGUGUUGCAUGAGUAGUUGAGCUUAUUUCUCCAAACAAGGGAGACUCCUUCCCUUCCCUAGCUCUCCUAGUCAACUAGCAGCCUAAGAAGCUACUAGAUUUAGGCAAGCUGCAGGUCCUCACCAUGACUGCUCGGAAUGAUGAUGGCGACGGUCUGUCCCUCGGGCUCUCCACACGGAACGACGCGUGGCGAAAGUACGGCGACUGGGAGGCGACUUUGCCGUCUAAGGAGGAGCUAGUUCCUCUUAAUCAGCGACUUAUUACGCCUAUUCUCGCUGCGGCGUUCAGCAUUAAGGAGUCGAUGUACAACGUUACGGAGCAGGACGUCGAACGUGCUGCUCAGGCCACGUUGAACAACAUAUUGCAACACCCGAGAUUAACGACACGGCCGGAAAUCGUCCCCCCGAACCUGAAUCACCAUCAGUUUCAGUCUCUCCACACAGGAGCAUCCAGAGCCGCUCCCCCUUCCAAUCCUCCUCCUGUCGCAGAAGCUCUUCCUUUCGCGAACGUCCCUUCGCGACCGUCGCACGACCAGGAGCCUCCUGAACGCGGCCGGGACGAGCGGAACUUGCGAGAGUUCGACCCUGCUGGCCGUUUCGUUGACGACGACCGCGCGCCGUUGCCGCGUGGCGAGCAGCAGAGGCAGGAACGGCUGCGCGAGCAGCAGCAGGGGAUGCCGCCGCCGCCGCCGCCGCCGCAGCAGCAGCAGCAGCAGAGAGAACAGCAGCGGACGGAGCAGGGUUACGAGAGACAGCAGCUUGACAGAGAGGAGCAGCGGCAGCAGCAGGGGAGGCAGCAGCAGCAGCAGCAGCAGCAGCAGCCGCAACGCGAGCAGCGCGAGCAGCGGGAGCAGCGCGAACAGUUCUCCGUGUCAACUGGAGCGGAAACGAUGCGCGGAGAGGGUAACAGUCGGCCCCCCGCUGCGCUUUUCCCCGGCUAUCAGGGGGCUCCCCGCGACGGGGAAGCCAGGCGCGAUAAUACUGACGGGCGGAGGUUCUAUAGCGAAACCGGUCGGAAACCUUCUAACGAGGACGAGCUGUUGGCUUCUGGACAGGAAAGGUUUCUAGGGCGCUUGUCCGACCACGACGUCAGGCUCGGCAAUAGCAACGGGAAUCCGCAGCCGUCAAAUGCUCCGGAUGAUCCUAGCCGUUCAAAUAACCGGUUUGGCCCUGGGGGUCUACGAGGCGCUACGGCUGAUGUGGACGCCAGGUUCGCAGGCUGGAGACGUGAAGGGGGUGGCUCGGAAGCAGGUUCGGACGGAAGCUCGGGUGGUGCGGGAGGGGGAGAUUAUGGGGAAGGGUUGAGGCGCACUGAUGAUGGGAUUGAUAAAGUCCAGAAGGGUCGAAAUGGGGGGCUGAAUAACGUGGGGGAAAAUAGUGGGGCAAGUAACCCUAGAAAUUUGACAGCUUCUGGAAGGCGCCUGUCCGAAAAUGGACCUGGACCGGAAUUUUCGGGAGAUAGACGGCAAAUCCGUAGGGAGGAGAGUGACGGGGUGAGGGAGAGGGGGAGGGAGAGGGAGUGGGAGCGAGAGAGAAAGAGGGAAAGCCAAAGGGAGGGGGAAGGAGGAAGUGGGGACGAGGAGGAGGAGAGGGAGAGGGAGUGGCAGGGAGGAAGGGAACGAGAGAGGGAGAGAGAGGGGGAGGGGCGGCGGCAGCAGCAGCAGAGGGAAGGGGAGGGGGGGAAGCCAGAGGGACGGGGGAGGGAUGAGCAAAGGGGGCGUGAGUGAUAGCGUUGGGAACGGAAAGGGGCUGAGUUUGGAGGAGGGGGAGGGGAGGAACGGGAGCAUGAGAAGCGGCAGUCAGAGGGAGCGGAUGCAGGAGCGGCGGCAGCAGGAGGAGCAGCAGGGGGGCGGGAAGAGGUCGAAGAAAGGGAGGGAGUCGUCGCCUGAGCCUGAUGAAGACGAUU